UUUCAAAAUAUGCCGCACGCAGCAGCUUGUUUUAAGAAACAGAAAUUAGAAACAUAUGUAUGAAGGAGUACCUGUACCUCCUCCAAAAACAGCAAAGACCAAACAACUUGAAGCAACAAAACACAAAAAGCAAAAAGCUCUAAUGCAAUAUACAGAUUUUCAACAGAUAGGUAAAAGAAGAAGAGGAGAUGCAAAUCCAAAGUCACAGCAAUGAUGCAAGGACUUCACCAUCAGCAGCAGCAGCAACAGCAGCAGCAGCAGCAGCAGCUCGUAGCUCUUCUCUCUGCUGCUCUUCCCAAAGACGAUUCCACCGCCGCCACUUCCGCCGCAGCAAACACAAAGACAACCCACUCCGACAAUGAUGACGAAUCGUCUCGAGUCGCCGCACUUAACUCGCUCCACCGCGCGAUUCUUUUCCCCCAUAACUCACUCCUCGUCGCUCACUCUGCUUCUUUCCUCUCUCAGGGUUUUUCUCAACUUCUCUGUGACAGGUUAUAUUCAGUGAGGCAGGCUGCAGCCACAGCAUAUGGCGCUCUAUGUGCUGUGUUGUGUUCGAUCCUUAUUGGUUCAAAUGGAAGGCAAAACCAUGUUUUGCUUGGUACUCUGGUUGAUCGGUUUGUUGGCUGGGCUUUGCCAUUGCUUAGUAAUGUUAGUGCUGGUGAUGGGACAACAGAACUGGCAGUGGAAAGUCUACGUGAGUUUCUUAGUGUUGGAGAUGUUCUGGGGAUUGAGAGAUAUGCUUUACCCAUUCUCAAAGCAUGCCAAGAACUUAUGGAGGAUGACAGGAUUUCCUUGAGUUUAUUACACAGGCUUCUUGGGGUUCUAUCUUUGAUUUCUAUCAAGUUCUCUAGAAGUUUCCAACCUCAUUUUCUUGACAUUGUUGAUGUCCUUCUUGGCUGGGUGUUGAUACCAGAUCUUGCUGAAUCUGAUAGACGAGUUAUUUUGGAUACUUUCCUGCAAUUUCAGAAACAUUGGGUGGGAAAUUUGCAAUUUUCUCUGGGACUGCUGUCCAAGUUUCUAGGCGACAUGGAUUUAUUGCUGCAGGAUGGCAAUCCAGGAACUCUGGCCCAAUUCCGAAGGCUGCUUGCAUUGCUUUCUUGUUUUUCAACUGUGUUACAAUCCACUGCAUCUGGAUUGUUGGAAAUGAAUUUACUCGAAAAAAUCAGUGAUUCUCUUAGCAAAAUGCUUCCUCGGUUAUUGGGAUGUUUGUCUUUGGUUGGGCGGAAGUUUGGGUGGUCAAAAUGGAUUGGGGACUUGUGGAAGUGCUUGACUCUCUUGGCUGAAAUUUUAUGCGAAAGGUUUUCUACUUUUUAUCCACUUGCAGUUGAUAUCUUAUCUCAAAGCCUGGAGACAAAUGGCACCACCCAAAUUGGAGCGGAAAAGAUUACCUCCUUUCAAGUUCAUGGGGUGUUAAAGACUAACCUUCAGUUAUUAUCUCUGCAAAAACUUGGGCUCCUUCCUUCAUCUGUGCAGAAAGUAAUGCAAUUUGAUUCACCUAUAUCUCAAUUACGUUUGCAUCCAAAUCAUUUGGUGGUUGGAAGUUCUGCUGCCACUUAUGUUUUUUUGCUUCAACAUGGGAAUGAUGAAGUUGUUCAACAAGCAACGGCUGUAUUGAUUGAAGAGCUGGAGUUGUUAAAGGGCAUACUACAGAAAACUUUGGAUCUUGGAAAUGAGCCUAAGACUGUUACAGAAUUCAAGUCCUAUUCAAAACUCGAAUUGUUUGCAUUGAUUAAAUUUGAUUUGAAAGUUUUGUUAACUUGUGUUUCCUUGUCUGGGGUUAACAAUUUGAUUACCCAACCAGACAUUGCUGCUAUUUAUCAGAAGAGGUCAGAAAAAUUGGCAUCUCUUGUUCCUGAGAAAUUAAAUCCUUUUGAUCUACCUAUUAAGGCCUAUGUGGAGUUGCAGGUCAAUGUUCUGAAGACCAUGGAUAGGCUAACAGCUGUUGAAUUCUUGAGCAAGUGCUGCAUUAAAAAUCAGACUAGCAAGAAUGCUUCUGUAGAUGUUGCUGUUGAAAAGGCCCAUAAUACCAGUUUCGGUGAUGUGUAUUCUACUGAUAUUGUGGAGCAUUUGAGAAAAUAUAGUUUGUUUCUUGUUAAGGCUCUACAUGUUCAUUCUCCACUUGCAGUUAAGCUUGCAGCCCUAGAAUGGAUCCAGAAAUUUGCUGAGGAUCUUAUUGCUAGUUAUGAGAAUUCAGAUGUAAACCCUUUUUCUUAUGAAGCAUUUGGUUACAUUGGUAAUGUUCGAGAUAUUAUUUUUUCAGUACUUGAUGCUGCAUUUGACAGGGAGCCAAAAGUGAGGUUGCAUGUGGCUUUAGUUUUGGAGCUGCUUCUGCAAGCAAGACUUGCAGAUCCCAUGUUUUUUUAUCUCAUAGCUGAAGUGGUGUUAGAAAAACUUGGUGAUCCAGUUCUUGAAAUAAAAAAUGCAUUUAUGAAACUGCUUUCUCAUUUCAUACCUACAACAGCAUUUAUAUGCGGUUUAAAUGCUUAUGGAACACUCAUUAAAGCAAGGCCAAAUGCACUUAUACUAGGUGACGGUUCUAAUUUGCACUGGAGGGAAGUAUUUGCCCUGAAGCAGCUGCAACAGCAACUUCAUUCACAACAACUUGUUUCCAUUUUGAGUUACAUAUCGCAAAGAUGGAAAGUACCCCUAUCCUCUUGGAUUCAACGUCUCAUUCACAGCCGUCAUAGUUCAAAAGACUUUACUGUAGGUCAACUCGAGGAAACAGGAAAAUUUGGUGCCAAUGUUUUAUGGUUGGACAUAAAGGUCGAUGAAGAUUUCCUUGAAAGAAUAUGCUCAGUUAAUAAUUUGGCUGGUGCUUGGUGGGCUAUACAGGAAGCAGCUAGAUAUUGUAUUGCAAUGCGCCUUCGGACUAAUCUUGGUGGGCCCACCCAAACAUUUGCAGCUUUGGAGAGAAUGCUUUUGGAUAUUGCACAUGUGCUACAGCUUGACAUUGAACAAAAUGAUGGAAACCUAAAUCUAAUAGGCUCUUCUGGUGCUCGUUUGUUACCAAUGAGGUUACUACUAGAAUUUGUUGAGGCCCUAAAGAAGAAUGUAUACAACGCAUACGAAGGAUCAGCUAUUUUACCAUCCGUUACACGUCAGAGUUCCUUGUUCUUUCGGGCAAACAAGAAGGUCUGUGAGGAGUGGUUUUCUCGCAUAUCUGAGCCAAUGAUGAAUGCUGGAUUAGCACUACAAUGUCAUGAUGCUACAAUUCAAUAUUGUAGUAUGCGUCUGCAGGAGCUCAGGAAUCUUUUGGCUUUGUCUUUGAAGGACAAGUCUAGGCCACAGGCGUUUGAGAAUCUUCAUAAUAUUAGGGAUAGAUUUACUGGAGACAUUUGGAGAGUUUUAAGGCACAUGGCGUUGGCUCUAUGUAAGAAUCAUGAACCAGAGGCGCUGGUUGGUCUGCAGCAGUGGGCCACAAUGACAUUUUCUUCAUUGCUUUUGGAUGAGAAGCAGUCUCUGAAUCACAGUGGAGUGUCGGGCCAAUUUGCAUGGAUCACUGGUCUGGUAUAUCAGGCAGAAGGCUGGUAUGAAAGAGCUUCUGCUCACUUUGCUCACUUGUUACAGGAUGAGGAGUCACUCAAUUCUAUGGGUCCUGAUGGUGUCCAAUUUGCUAUUGCACGUAUUAUUGAGAGUUAUACGGCUGUAUCUGAUUGGAGAUCUUUAGAAACUUGGUUAUUAGAAUUGCAGACACUCCGUUCAAAACAUGCAGGAAGGAGUUAUUCUGGUGCUUUAACUACAGCUGGGAAUGAAAUUAAUGCAAUUCAUGCCUUGGCCCGCUUUGAUGAGGGUGAAUUUCAGGCAGCUUGGGCAUGCCUAGAUUUGACUCCUAAAAGCAGCUCAGAACUCACACUUGAUCCUAAACUGGCCUUGCAGAGAAGUGAGCAAAUGCUUCUACAGGCAAUGCUGCUUCUUCUUGAGGGGAAGACAGACAAGGUGCCACAUGAAAUUCAUAAGGCAAAGACAAUGCUGGAGGAAAUAUUGUCUGUUUUGCCACUUGAUUCUUUAACAGAAGCGGCACCACUUGCUACCCAGUUGCAUUGCAUCUUUGUUUUUGAAGAAUGUCACAAGCAUGAAGUUAAUCAGACAAAUUCCAAGCCGUAUCAAUCAAUAUUAAGUUCAUACAUUGAGGCAGUGCAGUCUGUAAUGAAUAGUGUCCAUCAAGAUUGUAAACAAUGGUUAAAGGUUCUCCGGGUUUAUCAAACCAAUUUUCCAACUUCUCCGGUUACUCUAAAGCUCUGCAUGAGUUUGUCAAGUUUAGCCCGCAAACAGAGAAACCUAAUGUUGGCAGGCCGUCUGAACAACUAUCUCAGGGAUCAUGUAUUGAGUUGCCCUGAGCAGAGAUAUUGUGAAUUAUUAUCGUCAAAUCUGCAAUAUGAGGACUUCCUGCUUAUGUAUGCUGAAAGCAAGUAUGAAGAUGCUUUUGCAAAUCUUUGGUCUUUCAUCCGUCCUUGCAUGGUUCCUUCUUCAUCUAUAGUUUCUGAUUCAGAUGAUAAUAUUUUGAAGGCCAAGGCAUGCUUAAAACUUUCAGAUUGGUUGAGAAGGGUUUAUCCAGAUCUGAAUCUAGAGAAUACUGUUCACAAGAUUCGAGCAGAUUUUAUUGUUGAUGAUAUAUCUUUGUUUACUAGAGGUGGACCAUCUGUAAAUGUUGAGAACCAUAAUCCUAAACCAAGUUUGAGCAUUAUUAUUGAGGAAAUUAUAGGUACAGCCACAAAAUUGUCUACGCAACUUUGCUCCACAAUGGGAAAAUCAUGGAUUUCUUAUGCUUCUUGGUGUUUCAGUCAGGCCAGAGACUCCCUCUUUACGCCUCGUGAUACCGUCCUACAUUCAUGCUCUUUCUCUCCUCUACUUCUGCCGGAAGUUCUGCCUGAAAGAUUCAAGUUGACUGAAGAUGAGAGGACAAGAGUGCUUUAUGUGGUUUUGCAGCUUUUUUUGAAUGAAGGUGAUGCUUUCAAUGGUGAAGGAGGAGAAUGGAAACUUGGGUUUAAUUCUACGCAACUUUCAAGAAAUAACAAGCUUGUGGAGGUUUUUGCACAGGAAGUGGUGGAUAUAAUUGAAGCUGCUGCCGGGGCACCUGGUGCCGAAAAUUCAAGCAGUGAGUCCCUUUCCGUUACUUUAGCAUCUCAGUUGCAAACCUUCCUACGUUCAAAAGCUGUCCUAGAAGAAAUGGAUCUUUCAUCUGCCGUUGAUGAUCUAGUCAAAGUUUGGCGGUCUUUGAGGAGAAGACGUGUGUCUCUCUUUGGGUAUGCAGCUCAUGGUUUCAUGCAAUACCUUAUACAUUCAUCUGCCAAGCUUUCUGAUCACCAGUUGCCUAGCUCUGUCUGUGAGUCACUGAAACUAAAAACUGAAAGCUACAUUUUGAGGGCAACCUUGUAUGUACUGCACAUCUUUAUAAAUUUUGGCAUUGAGCUGAAAGAUACAAUUGAAACUGCUCUUUCAACAAUUCCUCUGUUUCCAUGGCAGGAAAUCACUCCCCAGUUGUUUGCUCGCUUAAGUUCUCAUCCUGAGAAACUCGUUAGGAAACAAUUGGAGGGUUUAUUGAUUAUGUUAGCCAAAAAAUCUCCUUGGUCCAUAGUGUAUCCAACUCUAGUCGACAUAAAUGCUAAUGAGGAGAAACCUUCGGAGGAGCUUCAGCACAUACUGGGUUGUCUGAAAGAGCUGUAUCCAAGAUUAGUUCAGGACGUUCAGCUCAUGAUAAAUGAACUUGGAAAUGUUACUGUUCUUUGGGAGGAACUAUGGCUCAGCACACUUCAAGAUCUCCAUGCAGAUGUAAUGCGGCGGAUAAACGUGCUGAAAGAGGAAGCUGCACGAAUUGCAGAGAAUGCAACUCUUAGUCAGAGUGAGAAGAAUAAGAUAAAUGCUGCUAAAUACUCAGCCAUGAUGGCUCCCAUUGUGGUGGCCUUGGAACGCCGCCUAGCUUCAACUUCUCGCAAACCUGAAACUCCCCACGAAGUAUGGUUCAGUGAGGAAUAUAGAGAGCAACUGAAGUUGGCUAUUUUGACAUUUAAAACUCCUCCAGCUUCUUCUGCUGCACUUGGAGAUGUGUGGCGGCCAUUUAAUGAUAUUGCUGCAUCCUUAGCAUCCUAUCAGAGAAAGUCAUCAAUCUCGUUAGGAGAAGUUGCACCACAACUGGCUUUGUUGUCAUCUUCUGAUGUUCCAAUGCCUGGUCUUGAGAAGCAAGUAACUGCAUCUGAAUCUGAGAAAGGCCUGACUACAACUCUUCAAAGAAUUGUUACGAUUGCUUCUUUUUCUGAACAAGUGACUAUCUUAUCAACCAAGACAAAACCUAAGAAAAUUGUUAUACAUGGUUCUGAUGGUCAAAAGUACACUUAUCUUUUAAAAGGGCGAGAAGAUCUACGCCUUGAUGCCAGAAUCAUGCAACUUCUGCAAGCUAUAAAUGGUUUAAUGCAUUCUUCCUCUUCAACUCGUAAGCAUUUGCUUGCUAUACGCUAUUAUUCUGUGACUCCAAUCAGUGGUCAGGCUGGUCUUAUCCAGUGGGUGGACAACGUUAUAAGCAUAUACAGUGUCUUUAAGUCCUGGCAAAACCGUGUGCAGCUAGCCCAGCUCACAGCAAUGGGCCCAAGCAAUGCAAAAAAUUCUGUUCCUCCACCUGUUCCUCGACCAAGUGAUAUGUUCUAUGGUAAAAUUAUACCAGCACUUAAAGAGAAAGGCAUAAGGAGAGUAAUUUCACGAAGAGACUGGCCUCAUGAUGUCAAGCGCAAAGUUCUUCUUGAUUUGAUGAAGGAGGUUCCUAGACAGCUUCUGUAUCAGGAAUUUUGGUGUGCUAGUGAAGGGUUUAAAGCAUUCAGCUCAAAAUUGAGGAGGUACUCUGGAAGCGUUGCAGCAAUGAGUAUGGUUGGCCACAUUCUUGGUCUUGGGGAUAGACAUUUGGAUAACAUUCUUGUGGAUUUCUGCAGUGGGGAUAUAGUACAUAUUGAUUAUAAUAUUUGCUUUGAUAAAGGGCAAAGACUAAAGAUUCCUGAAAUUGUUCCAUUCCGCCUUACUCAGAUGAUUGAAGCUGCUUUAGGAUUGACAGGAGUGGAAGGUACCUUCAGAGCAAACUGUGAAGCAGUAGUUAGCGUUCUGAGGGAGAACAAGGACGUUCUCUUGAUGUUGCUAGAGGUGUUUGUGUGGGAUCCACUCGUAGAAUGGACACGAGGUGAUUUUCAUGAUGAUGCAACAAUUGGUGGAGAAGAAAGAAAGGGCAUGGAGUUGGCUGUUAGCUUGAGUUUAUUUGCAUCUCGGGUGCAAGAAAUUCGUGUUCCCUUGCAGGAACAUCACGAUCUUUUGUUGGCUACCUUACCUGCUAUUGAAUCUGCUCUUGAGAGAUUUGCUGAUGCUCUCCAUAAGUAUGAGCUUGCCUCUGCUCUAUUCUAUUGCGCUGACCAAGAGAGAUCUAGCCUUGUUCUGCAUGAGACAUCCGCAAAGUCAAUUGUUGUGGAAGCAACUUCUAAAUCAGAGAAAAUUCGUGCAUCGUUUGAAAUUCAGGCUCGAGAAUUUGCUCAAGCAAAGGCUGCUGUAGUUGAUAAGGCCCAAGAAGCUGCAACAUGGAUUGAACAGCAUGGAAGGAUCCUUGAUGCUUUACGGAGCAAUUUAGUUCCAGAAGUAAACUCCUGCAUAAAACUGAGUAAUAUGACCAAUGCCUUGUCUCUUACAUCAGCUGUUCAGGCGGCAGGAGUUCCAUUGACCAUAGUUCCUGAGCCCACGCAAGCACAAUGCCAAGACAUAGAUAGGGAAGUCUCUCAGCUAAUAGCGGAGCUAGAUCAUGGACUCUCUUCUGCCCUAACUGGAGUCCAAAUAUAUUCUUUGGCGCUGCAAAGAAUUCUACCCUUAAACUACCUUACAACUAGUUCAGUACAUGGCUGGGCACAGGUCUUACAGCUGUCAGCAAAUGCCCUGUCCUCUGAUAUUCUCUCUCUUGCCAGAAGGCAGGCUGCUGAACUUAUUGCAAAAACACAUGGAGAUAGUCUUGAUUCUGUCAAACAUUGGCAUGAUGAUCUGUGUCUUAAAGUGGAGAAAUAUGCCAUAGAUAUUCAGAAUGUUGAGGCUGAAAGUUCUGAGCUAGAGAACUCUGUUGGAUUGGAAACUGAAACAAAAGCUAAGGAUCGUCUUCUGUCUGCUUUUGCUAAGUACAUGCAAUCUGCUGGCAUAGUAAAGAAAGAAGAUUCUAGUCCUUUAUACUUACCAGGGCAAUCAAAAUAUGAUGAUGCUAGGUUGCAAGAGGAGCAGGAAGAAAAGAAGGAGAAGGUGUUGUCUGUUUUAAAUAUAGCUGUUAGUUCCUUAUACAAUGAAGUCAAGCACAGUGUUUUCAACAUCUUCGGUAAUUCUGCUGGAGGAGGAAAUGCAAAUGAUAACUUUAGAACUGUUUUCAGUGGGUUUGAAGAGCAGGUAGAGAAAUGCAUGCUCGUAGCUGGGUUUGUUAAUGAAUUGCAGCAAUUUAUUGGCUGGGACAUAGGAAGUGCAGAUACUCAUGUAAACAACCUAGAAAAGGACGCUGAAAAAAACUGGGCUUCCAAAUUUAAGACCUCUUUACUUUCCUGUAAGAGUUUGAUAGGCCAAAUGAUUGAAGUUGUUUUACCUGAUGUGAUGAGAUCUGCUGUUUCAUUUAAUUCAGAAGUUAUGGAUGCCUUUGGAUUAAUCUCACAAAUCCGGGGGUCCAUUGAUACUGCAUUGGAGGAGUUACUGGAGGUUGAAUUGGAGAAGAUAUCCUUGGUUGAACUUGAAAAGAACUAUUUUGUUAAAGUGGGCCUCAUUACUGAGCAGCAGCUGGCUCUUGAGGAAGCUGCUGUCAAGGGCCGGGAUCAUCUCUCUUGGGAAGAGGCAGAGGAGCUUGCCUCCCAAGAAGAAGCUUGCAGGGCACAAUUGGACCAACUCCAUCAAACAUGGAAUGAAAGGGAGAUGCGUACAACUUCUCUUGUAAAAAAAGAAGCUGAUAUUAGAAAUGCCAUAUUUUCUUCUGAAUGCCAUUUUCAAUCUUUGGUUAGUACUGAAGUGGUGGGAGAGUCCCAUAUUUUUGGAAGCAAAGCACUGUUAACCAUGCUAGUUAAGCCCUUCUCUGAAUUAGAAUCUGUUGAUAAAGCAUUGUCAACAUUUGGUGGUUCCACCACUUCCCACUCAGAUGAGGUUUCUAAUUUAGCAGAUCUUGUGAGCUCCGGGUACUCAGUAUCUGAAUAUAUCUGGAAGUUUGAUGGCUUAUUGAACAGCCAAUCCUUUUUUAUUUGGAAAGUGUGCGUUGUGGAUUCUUUUCUUGAUUUGUGCAUACAUGACGUUGCUUCAUCUGUGGACCAAAAUUUAGGAUUUGACCAGCUCUUCAAUGUUGUAAAGAGGAAACUUGAAGCACAACUUCAAGAACAUGUUGGUCGAUAUCUGAAGGAACGAGCUGUGCCUACUUUCUUGGCUUGGUUAGACAGAGAAAAUGAGUGUUUGACUGAGUCUACCCAGGAACUUACUAUUGACCAAUUGAGGAAGGAUGUUGGUGCUGUCAGAAAGGUCCAGCUCAUGCUUGAGGAGUACUGCAAUGCUCAUGAAACUGCUAGAGCAGUGAGAUCAGCAGCUUCCAUCAUGAAGAGACAGGUAAAUGAUUUUAAAGAGGUUCUUCACAAGACUAGCUUAGAGAUUGUCCAAUUAGAGUGGAUGUAUGACACAUUGACCCCUUCACACUAUAGCAGAGCCACAUUGCAGAAAUUUCUUGGUAGUGAGGAUAGUUUGUAUUCAGUUAUCUUAAACCUCAGCAGACCAAAAUUGCUUGAAGGCAUGCAAUCUGCUAUAACAAAAAUGGCUAGGUCAAUGGACAGCCUGCAAGCCUGUGAACGAAAUUCUGUUGUGGCAGAAGGGCAACUUGAGAGAGCAAUGGGUUGGGCUUGUGGUGGUCCAAAUUCCAGUAUGACAGGGAAUAUGUCAAAUAAAACUUCAGGGAUUCCUCCCGAGUUUCAUGACCACCUCAUGAGGCGAAGGAAAAUGCUACAGGAAGCUAGGGAAAAGGCAUCAGAUAUUAUCAAAAUUUGCAUGUCCAUAUUAGAGUUUGAAGCAUCAAGAGAUGGGGUUUUUCGAAUCCCAGGAGACAUUUAUCCUUUUGGGACUGGUGCUGAUGGCAGGACAUGGCAGCAAGCUUACUUGAAUUCAUUAACAAAACUGGAAGUUACGUACCAUUCAUUUACAUGCACUGAGCAAGAAUGGAAGCUUGCACAAAGCAGUAUGGAAGCUGCAUCCAGUGGCUUGUAUUCGGCAACUAAUGAAUUAUGCGCUGCAUCUCUUAAGGCAAAGUCGGCUUCAGGCGAGUUACAGAGCACUGUCCUUGCAAUGAGGGACUGUGCACAUGAAGCUAGUGUUGCCCUAUCUUCUUUUGCCCGUGUAUCUAGGGGACAAACUGCUCUAACUUCUGAAUCUGGUACCAUGCUUGACGAGGUUCUUGCAAUAACUGAAGAUCUGCAUGAUGUUCAUAAGUUGGGUAAGGAGGCUGCUGCAAUGCACCAUUCUCUUAUGGAGGAUCUUGCAAAGGCCAAUGCAAUUCUUCUUCCACUUGAAUCAGUGUUGUCAAAGGAUGUGAAUGCCAUGACAGAUGCAAUGACCAGAGAAAGAGAAAACAAGAUGGAAAUAUCUCCAAUUCAUGGACACGCCAUAUACCAGUCCUAUUGUUUGAGAAUUAGGGAGGCUACCCAGACAUUUAAGCCUGUGGUACAGUCACUUGCAUUAUCUGUCAAGGGACUAUACCUGAUACUGAUGAGGCUUGCGCGAACUUCAAGUUUUCAUGCUGGUAAUCUCCACAAGGCUCUUGAAGGACUAGCAGAAAGCCAGGAUGUAAAAUCAGAGGGAAUAAGUUUGUCUAGACCAGAUCUUGAUGCUGGUCAUAAUGAGUUUGAUGACAAGGAAAGAGAGAACCUCUCCGGAUCUGACAGUGGGGGCACUGAAGAUUUUCUUAAUGAUACUGGACUCUAUUUGGAAGACAAAGGAUGGAUUUCUCCACCCGAUAGCAUAUAUAGUGGCAGCUCAGAAUCCGGAAUUACUUCAGCUGAAGCAAGCAUUCCAGAUAGCUUCAACGAUCCUGCAGAAAUAAUGGGACAAUAUUCACAUGGUUCUAAUAGCAGGGUUGUGACAGAUUAUCCAAAUUAUGCUCCAUCUUCUCAAACUCAUAACCAAGAAGUCUCACAAUCUGAUCAGUCAGCACCUAAAGGCGAAGAGGCAAAAAAUAGUGAUGAUAGUUCAGUUACAGCAGUCAGUGAGUUAAAUGAGCACCUGAAGUCCGUGGCAUUGCCAAGUGGUGAGGCUUUAGCUGCCCAUUUUGAGUCUUCACAGCCGCUGAAUGAGGGCAGUUCAGAACUGAAAAUUGAGGGUAAAGAGGCUGUCAUGUACUCAUUAAGCAAAUCUAAGCUUAAAGAUGAAGAUCAUGAAGCUCCUCAUCCUCAUUCACACAUGGGCUACCGGGUGGCCAGAGACAAAAAUGCUUAUGCAAUGUCAGUACUAAGGCGAGUCGAGAUGAAAAUAGAUGGUCAGGAUAUUUCUGACAAGAGAGAAAUUAGCGUCGGAGAGCAAGUCGAUUAUCUGAUUAAGCAAGCAAUGAGUGUGGAUAAUCUUUGUAACAUGUAUGAAGGUUGGACACCAUGGAUAUGAACUUGUGAAAAUACAUGCGCCUGGAACACAACCAGUCUUCUUGAAUUUGACAUAUUGCAAUUUUUCAAGAAAAUGAUGGCUAGACUCUGGUCCAGAACAUUUUCCUUGGUGGAGAAUCAGGCUGCCGGAUCUAUUGCUUUAGAGAGCCCCAUUCAUAUGGCUUCUGUUUCCUUCGUAUGAUGAGCUGUCACCAUUUACUGUGAGAAACUGCAAUCUAGUAAUUAUGAGCCACUUCAAGAGGUCAGGUCCUAGUAUGCUCCUUUUGACAAUUGCCUUCCCCUUGGAGGAAUCUCUGACUUCUGGGGCAGAGGGCAUACUCCAUGCCUGCAUGAGACAGGCAACUUAUCCAUGUGGUUUUUCCAAUGUAAACAGCACUUGCGGGUCUUUGAAAUGGACUUCUUUCAUAGACAUUAUCAGAGCUUCAUCCUCAAUAGCUGUAUCAAGAUGUGACAGUAUCGUUAUCUGCUUCCAAGAGGAUCUUCCGCGCACUGGUUUAAACCUAUUCUACUGAUGGUUAAAUUGAAUGCGGAAUCACAAGGUAUUGAAGAGAAUUUCAAGUUUCAUCCUCCAAGAAAGUACCACAGUGAAAAUGAUUGUGCUGAAGUGAUGCUUCCUUUAAAGGCAGUCGAUUCAUAACUCGGAUUGCAAACGUCGCUAAUGCAUUUGGGCUCUAGUAUGGUAAUUAAAAACUAGAGAGAAUAUUGAGAGUUAUAAUUCUCACAUCUGAAUAGGUAAUACAAGGAAUGGUAAAGGAAAUAAGUAUAUGCCAUAAUUAUAGCUAUCUUCCUAUUCUAUAGAUAUUGACUAAUUUUAUAAUUUCAGCUGAUUUAUAGCUAACAUAUCCCUGAGAAUUAGGCCAGAUCUUCGGCUGAGUUACUAUUUUCAACACUCCUCAAGCUGGCUUGAAAAUGUCUUCAAUUGCUGGCUCGCUAACUAAGUGAUCAAAGUGCAGUCCUUUUGUAAGUAUAUCCGCAAUCUGCUUGGUGGUUGGUAGGUAUGGCAUGCAGAUCUACCUUUUCUCAAUUUUCUCCUUCAUAAAAUGCUUGUCAACUUUUACAUAUUUAGUUUGAUCAUGAAGAAUAGGACUAUGAGCAAUUGCAAAUUGUAGCCUUGAUGCCACAAUAUAAUUUUAUUGGUAGAGUGCAAGGGAAUUUUUAAGUCUUCUA